UUUGAAAGCUCCCACACCGGAAACUCCCGAGUUGCUGCCGCGAGCUUAAACGAGCGAACCACCAGACGCCACAUUUAGCUUCUAGUUUGGGGUGAAAUGAAACACUUUGCCGGGUGUACUCGUACAUUUAACCGAAGCGAAACACGGUUCAGGUCGGUUAACCGAACGGUCGGGUCCCGAAAACAACGCGUCGACCGUUUAGUUCCGGUUGGAAGUUGAUGGCGGUGUAACGAGGAUUUGUGUGUACCGGACUCAAGAUGUUCUGAAAGAUGCCGUCUUUUGACCUGUUGAACCGGGUGGAGCUGUUCAUGCGGGCGGGCACGUUUCCCCUGGAAUCGUCCAAGAGCUCCAAGAAAGUCACCAAAGCGGCCAGCAAGCACUUUAUCUAUAAAGAUGGCUGCCUGCUGCGCUCGUACCGAGGUCGCCUCCUCCGGGUCGUGAGGAGCGACGACGAGGUGAGGGAGAUCCUGGCCCGUUACCACGACAACAACAGCCACGCGGGCCGGGUCCGGGUGGUGAAGGAGAUAAUGUUGAUGUAUUACUGGGUCGGCGUGACGGAGGCGGUGAAGGCCUGGAUCCAAGCGUGUGCCGUCUGCCAGAGCCGGACCCCCGCAGAACCGCCCGCACCCCCGGUCCAGUUCUGCAUGGCCUACGGCUGCGACGCCUCCAGCUACGUGCACCCUCAGCUCAGCUUCCACAGGUUUCCCAAGGAGGCGGAGCGCCGGCGGCGGUGGCUGCUGCUGUCUCAGAGGGACGAGGGCUCGCUGCGCACCAACUCCUGCCUCUGCUCCAGGCACUUUGAGCCGGCCUGCUUCUCGCUGAGCGGCGAGGGCGGUCAGCCGACUCUGUCGCCGGACGCCGUGCCCACCGUCGUCUCCGCGGCGGCGCAGGAGGACGAGGUUCCGGCCCCUUCAGAGGAGGACUUCCUCCAGUCCAGCACCCUGGAGGACCUCCUCUCCACGGCCGCCGCAGAAACCGCAGACCCCUCCGAGCCGGCCUUCGAUCGCUCCGACCCCCCCACGGAGCUGCAGGAGCACCAGUACUGCCUCCCGGGUCCCGACCCGGACUCCAGGGAGGUCCAGACCGUGAUGGAGCUCAAGAGGAGGAAGGUCGUCAUCGAGCCGAGCUUCAAGGCCUACAACCAGAUCGCAGACUACCUGAGCCACAGAGUCCUACCCAUGCAGAGCAAGGCCGCCAGAGGGGGGUUAAAAAGGAUGUCCAAGCGCUUCGGCCUGAAAGAUGGAGUGCUGAUGUACACGCGAGUCUCUCCUCCUCUCCGAGUGCCCCGCUGCAGGGAGGAGGUGAACUCGAUCCUGCAGCAGUUCCACGACAACCAGGGUCACUACGGCCACGGGAUCUGCCAGCGGGAGAUCACCAAGCACUUCUACUGGGCCAGCAUGACCCACGACCUGGCCCGCUGGAUCUCCAGCUGCGACACCUGCCUCAACCGGUCCAAGAGGAAGUGGCUGCGCUGCAGCGUCUCCACCUGCACCAACUGCUGCGGGCCGGUGGAGCGCGGCCUGGGCCUCACCUUCCACAAGUUUCCUCUGGACAACCUCGCCGUGCUGACCCAGUGGCUGAAGGCCGUCGGACGUCCCAACUGGCACCCUCGGCUCGGCUCGUCCGUUUGCUCCACCCACUUCACCGAGGACUGCUUCGACCGCGGCGGGGAGAGGGCCUCCGUCCAGCCGGACGCCGUGCCCACGCUCUUGGUCCACGGCGACUCGGCGACUCUAUCCAGAGGUCCGACUCAGCCUGCAGGGGAGGAGGCCUAUUUUGCCAAGUACGAUGCCGUGGAGCUCUACCUGAGCAGACGCAAAUAUCCUCCUGGACUGAGCUACGUGGAGAAGAACACCUUCAGGAGGUUCUGCAAGAAGUUCACCAUCAAAGACGGCGAGCUGCACAUCGUGAGAGGCGACCGGGUGCGUUUGGUUCUGAGGAGCCGGCAGCGGGUGGAAGCCGCCAUGACGGAUUACCACAACGAGCUGAACCACCUGGACUUCAACAAGUGUCUCAGACUGCUCAACGAAAGGUACUUCUGGAGAACCAUGAAAACCGACGUGCUGCAGUGGAUCAACGGCUGCUCGCAGUGCAGCAGCAGGAGGAAGAAACCAGCCAACCAAUCGGAGCCGAGGGAGCCUCCUCUGGAGGAGAUGACGUCGCCGCAGAUACCCGACGAUCUCGACAGCGGGAAGGACGGCGACGAUGGCAGCGAGGACGACGACGAGGAAGUCGACGAAGGGGAGAGGCAGCCGGACGCGACCUCGGAGGACAGAGCGGAGAGCCCUUCGCCCCCCCAGCAGGUGACCCCCAUCGGCCCUCAGCCCAGAAUCCCCAUCCUCCUCCAUCUAAGGACUCCCAUCAACUUCCAGCCCAGGACUCCCAUAAUCCUCCAGCGAAGGAUUCCCAACACCCCCUUCGUGGCCAGACUCUUGCCCGUCAGGAGAGGGACGCCUCCGCAGUUUGAAGUCACCGGGAGCCAAAGCGGCCUCGAGGUUCAGGAGGAGCGGAUCCAACUUCUGGACCACAUGAAGAGGAGCGGGCCUCAGGGCAGCGCCAGAACUCAUCACUUUGUCAAAGUCCAGGACAAAACCAAACCGCCCUCGGAGUCGUGUCCGCCGCCGGAGCUCCCGGCGCUGCGCAAACCUCCGCAGCAGGCGGCGAGCGGAGGGCCGACGACCCAGAACCGAACCCAAAGCCACGAUGGCGUCCAGCGCCCGGUGAAGAGAAAGAGAGACCUGGAGGCGCCGUCUUCGGCCAGAAGGAGCACGAGCGGCGGCCUGGAACCCGUAGUGGCCCCGAGCACCAAACCCUGGCCCGUCUUCACCAUCGCCGGCUCGGCGCAGCAAGUCCAACCGCUUCCUGAGGUAGACGGCUCGGCUCCCUUCCCUCGGCCCAGGCGCCUUCAGGCCCGGACCGUGGUGCAGCAGUGCAGUGAAGCGAAGGUGAAGAUCAAACCGGCGCUGGACGGGGCCGACGCCCAGUGGGCCGAGAUCCAGGAGGGAAUGGUUGUGUACGUGUGUUUCUUCCACGGAGCCACCGAGGACGUCGCUCACGACAUGGCCAGCAGCCUGAUGACCACCAAGCUCUUCCGUAAAGACUCGGGCCACUCGGUGUCCGUCCUCGACCUGCCGGGGAGCGUUUUAUUCAUCCCCCAGGACUCCCUGCUGGGGGAGCCGGUGGCCAAGAGACGGGUGCAGUACAGAGGCGGCUGCGAGCUGUGGCGCGGCGCCCAGCUCUUCUCCCACCUGGUGGCCGCCUGCAGGGAGUUCAUGUCCGGCUCGGCGAAGUGCACGAAGGCCGGCGCCACGGUGGAGCAGGGCGUCUACGGCCAGAAGCAAGAGACGGUGCUGAACUCGGCGGAGCCGCUGACGCUGCUGCUGGAGUUCUGAGGGGCGGUCCGGGACCUCCACGGGGUCCUCCAGGGGGAUCGAGUCCACAGAGAGACCUUUUUACACCCCCAAAAAGAGAUCCAGGACCAAUGGAACCGGUGGAUCUGAACUCACGGAGUCCAAAGGCCCCGUUUUGCUUCUGAAGGACCUUCAAGACGAAGCAAAUUAGACCACAAUGUUGUUCUUUGUGUUUACCUUUUGUGGGAUGAAUAAUGUUAUUAUUUAAUGAAUGAAUGAGACGCAGUCAACAAUCUGCUGACUGGUUAUUUAUUUCUGCUUCAGGACUUUAAAAAGAGUCAAAAGAGCCGAGAGACGACGACUUUGUUAAAAUAAACAUAAAGAAAUGUCGACUCUCCAAGCGAGGACGCUCCACUGCUUCCUUGUUUUCCAUCCUGCAACCUUUUCUUUAUUUACUUUUUUUUUUAUACCCGGCACUAAUUUUCGUCCCACUUUCCAAAAGGUUCCCCCGUGGAACCUUUUGUGGUUCUGGUUUCUUUGACUCGAGAACAUUCCUCUUUGUAAAGAAGCUUCAGGCCCUUUUGGAGAAGUCUGACUGAACAACAACAUAUUUAUAUUUGUUUACAUCAAUGUCUCCAGACAUAUGGACGGUUACAGGACGAGUGUCUUUCUAUUGAACACUGUUAAUAGUUUGAGUUUAUCUUUUGUUCAUAGUGUUUAUUCUGUAUAGAUUAUUAAAUAACUAUUUCUUGUAUUGUUGCAUUCAUUGAGUUAUUGAUACCCUUUUUAGUUUGAGCUAAAAAAACAAAACCAACUCAAACCGGAUUUCUGUUCCUCAUUUCUGACUCGGAGCUGAUUAAAAUAUGGAAAGCGA